CUCUGCUCUGUUGUUGUUCUCUCCGCCUCCCUUAUGGCCUCAGUUAUCUGUAAGAGACAGGUGAUGCUUUGCACAGCCUAAGGACCAAUUUACAGAUAUAUUGUGUAUUUUAGGGGUUACAUGGCUCCAAAAUAUGUUGUUCGUGGCAAGUUGAUUGAAAAGGCAAAUGUUUACAGUUUUGGAGUUCUAAUCCUUGAAGUUGUAUGUGGAAAGAGAAAUAGUUCGUUUUCCGAAAAUUCUUCUAUCCUACAAAUGGUUUGGAAUCUUUAUGUAGUGGGUAGGCCAUGUGAAGCAGUUGAUCUAGAAUUAGAGGCUAAUUUUCAAGAAGUGGAAGCAUCUCAAUUACUUCAAAUAGGUUUACUUUGUGUACAAGCAUCUGCAGAACUGAGGCCAUCAAUGCCAGUAGUUGUGAAAAUGCUAACUCAUAGUCAAGACAUUCCUCAACCAACACAGCCACCAUUUCUUAAUUAUAGCAUUAGAGAAGCUAACCAAAUUGUUCCACUUAGAGCUUAUAAUUUUCAGCUCGAUUUGGACACCCAAACUUCAAGGAACAGCAUGACAGAAAGCUUGAUUGAUCCUAGAUGAACAUUUAUUUUUUUCACUUUUUCAUGGGAACCCAUGUCACCAGGUGUUGCUUUUCAGUCAACAUGCUUUGCACAGCCUAAGGACCAAUUUGCAGAACAACAUAUUUUGUAUUAUUCUCCCAACAUAUUCUGCCUUUUAUUGAUAUGUAAAUUUCAUUUUUUGUUGUUGCCAAUUUGCUUAGGACAAUACUAAUCUUAAAACCCAGGAAUGAUUUUUUA